AUGGACGAAGUCGUAAUACCACCGUCAACGAAGUUUUCCGGCAGAUAUUUGGAUUCUUACAAGACUUACCAUCCCCACACUCUUUCCAUCCAACAUACGUCCCCAGUAAGGUCAAUCCAGCCGACCCUCCCUCGCGAGCAAUAUACGGGGACACUGCACUUCUCCUCCCCCCCAUCCCUAUCCCCAUUGCGCUACGUUCCUUCAUUUACGAUCCUUUCGAAUCAAGGACCUGCGGAACGAAGGAAUAAGCAACGCUUCGCAGCCCCACUCGUCGUCACCCUCCCAAUAUCGAAACCCGCGCCUUACAAGGAAGGUCUGGUUCCAAUCGCAUCCGUCUUACGACCCCAUUGCCUAGCAAGGGAUCGCCUCAAGCUAUGGCGUCCAGUGGAGAGUAGAUCGUUGCGAAACGCUAACGGGAAGAUUCUUGCAGUCACAGAUGAAGAUCUACAACGAGUACUCACGGUGAUGAACUCUGCCUGGACACAGAGCACAAGGGAAUCGUAUGGAGCUGGCUUGUUGGUCUUUCACGUUUUCUGUGAUACGCGUGGGGUUCCAGAGCUUCAAAGGUGUCCAGUCGACACAUUGAUGAUUCUAGCGUUCGUAGCCGGUUGCGCAGGCGCAUACGCUGGAAGAACAUUAGCAAACUAUGUUUUUGCCAUACGCGCGUGGCACGUACUUCAUGGACAAACCUGGGAGAUACAGCAAAACCAACUCAAGUCAGCGCUUGACGGUGCUGCUAGUCAAGCCCCUCCUGAUUCCAAACGCGCUAAAAGGGAACCCUUCACAAUGUCUUACAUCACUCAAAUCAAGACCCACCUCAAUUUAAACUCACCUCUUGAUGCAGCAGUCUUCACUUGCCUGACUAGCACGUUCUAUUCCCUCGCCCGCCUUGGAGAACUGACCGUCAGAUCCAUCAAAGGCUUCAUGCCUGAGGAACACGUGAAACCAUCUGACGUGAGGAUGAAUUGUGAAGAUCGAAACAGAUUCCAAGUCUCCAGGAUACACUUACCGUGUACGAAAACCUCCGCCGUCAGGGAAGAUAUAUACUGGUCUCGACAAUCAGACACCACAGAUCCAGAGGCAGCGUUAGCCCAACACUUCAUGAUCAAUGAACCCUCCCCCAACGACCACCUCUUCUCAUGGAAGCAUCCCAAAGGUGCUCGCCCCUUGACUCGUGGCGCAUUCUUGAAAAGGAUCGCGAGCAUCGCGAAAGCAGGUGGAUGCCCAGACCUCAAAGGUCAUGGCAUUCGCAUAGGAGGCACGUUAGAGUAUUUACUCCGUGGCAUUCCAUUUGACGUUGUUAAAUCUAUGGGGAGAUGGUCGAGUGAGGCUUUCACCAUUUACCUGCGCGAUCACGCCAUAAUAAUGGCUCCGUACCUGCAAGAUACUCCAAUUGUUGAGCCCUUCACUCGAUACACCAUGCCACUAAUUCGUUAA